GCGCUGAGAGAGACGGCUGGAAGUAGUUGAAGGAGGAGGAGACCGGGUGCCUAUUACCUCUCAUUGAUUUCAGGAGUUUUCUGUCGUCAUUGACUUGUGGCCGAAUUGGAAACGCUUUGAGGCUUAUAUAUUUUUUAAUUUACUUGAGCACCAUUUUUUAGACAUUCGUGUGAGAGGAGAACAAAUACCAGCACUUUUCCAAAGACAGAAAUAUUAGUUUGACACGGGGGAAAGGGGACAAUUCAAUCCAACGACCAAAGAUACCCUCUUGCACAAUUGCAGACUUGAUUCCAAAGACAUGAAUUCCGUCCCUGAAUGACCGGACGCUGAACGAUCGCCCACAAAAACCACAUCUCAGAUUUAUAGUUCUCGUGGAGUACCUCUGUUUUUUUCCCGUUUGACUCCAUAAAUAUGAUUUUUAGUUUUUGCACUUUGGUGACAUUUGUGUUGGGACUGACCCGGUGUCAGGGCUCCUACGUGCCCUGCGAACCGUGCGACCAGAAAGCGCUCUCCAUGUGCCCACCGGUGCCUGUUGGCUGUCAGCUGGUGAAGGAGCCGGGUUGCGGCUGCUGCUUGACCUGCGCGCUGUCCGAGGGUCAGCCGUGCGGGGUCUACACUGGCCCGUGCAGUCAAGGGCUCCGUUGCUUACCGCGGAGCGGCGAGGAAAAGCCUCUUCACGCCCUCCUCCACGGCAAAGGCGUGUGCAUGAACGAGAAAGUAUACAAACCGCUCCAUCCUGCAAAGGAGCGGGAGUCUCAGGAAGAAGCCCGUGUUACCGAGGUAACCGAGACGCUGCUUCCGCAAGCCAAAGUGCCACUGUUUCCACGGGACCACAUCAACAGCAAGAAGGCCGUGGCCAUGCGCAAGGACCGCAAGCGGCAGCAGGCCAAAUUGCGCACCGUGAUCUAUGUCGACCACCCACCGCUUGCCUUAGACAAACACCAACCAGAAUUUGGUCCUUGUAGGAGAAAGCUGGACGGCAUCAUUCACCGGAUGAAGGACACGUCCAGAGUCAUGGCGCUCUCUCUCUACCUGCCCAACUGUGACAAAAAGGGCUUCUUCAAACGCAAGCAGUGUAAGCCAUCCCGUGGCCGUAAGCGGGGCAUCUGUUGGUGUGUGGACAAGUACGGGGUGCAGAUGCCAGGGACGGACUACAGCGGAGGGGACAUCCAGUGCCGAGACCUGGAGAGCAGCAGCAGCAACAACAACGAGUGAGGCAGUUUUGGGGGGGGGGGGGGGACUUCCUGUCACAUGACCCCCAAGAUGGCAACACAACCACCAAUCAUGGCUCAUCAUUAACAUGCAGAAGCCUUUUUGUAAGAAUAUUAGACCGACUGGCCAGAAUUUGAUUGUCUGCUUAGAGUUUCUUUUUUUUUUUUUUUUUUUUGUUCAGUCCUGAGAAUAUAUUAACACACAGUGAUUUCGCUGUGUUUUGAACAUGCCUAUUCCAAUGGUGAGGCAUGUUUAAGGCCACCUAAAUCAUGCCCACCACCAGCCACACUGAAUAUUGGUGCCAGAAGUGAGCAGAAUUCUUUAUUGGCCUGAUUUUGAGUGUGACUUAUAUGUAUGUCCAUGUUAGUCUUUGUCUAAGCACUUAAAAUGACUUUUUCCAGGUUCAUUUCGUCUACAUUGUAUCAGAUUUGUUUAAAUGUUCAGUUUAAGUACCCAUUAAAUAGUGAAUCUCUAUCAAACAGAAAAAAAGCUUCUGGCAACCAAUUGCCUUUGACAAGAAAAGGUUUUAGUCAGUUGACUAGCCUUUGUAAGCUAGCUUUUGUAAAAUGCUACAGCCUCAGCUUAAAAAGUACUGUUUUGUAUUUGAUGUUAUUGACUAUGGAAGCUAUAUCAGACCACUAUCAUUGGAGUAUCAGCUCUUGAGUACUGCCAGACACUUUGGGAACUAGUUCUCUUUCAUCUUCCCAUUUGAUUUUUUCCUGGUUGAACUAUAGACUCUUUGCUUGAUCAUUUGUAGCGAAAAACUUCAUAGGACUCUUAAUUCAACAAAUACUGGUGCUUCAUCAAUCAUAAUAUGAUCCUGAACCUGUAAGCUUUGACUUGUGCAAAUACAGACAAAACUCCCUCUCCCCUCUCACCCUAUCUCGAACAGAGGAGGGCCUAUCAUUUGAAUACAAGAUGGCUGGCUUUUGCCCACACUCUGGCUUCCUAUGUAAAUCUCAGUGCCUUUUUUUCCAUGACAUGAGAGAUUUCAAUACUGAUUUACAUUUGAGCUGCAGAGGUAGACAUAACUCACAGAACAUCACCACACCCGGCUACUGGGAAAGAGUUCUUGUUAGUAUUGUAAAGGUCCCCAUAUCGCUCUAGUUCACAGGACAAAUGAAUGGCAAGAUCAUACUGUAUGUUCUUGAUGCUUUAGAUAUGACAGCAGCCAAGAGGGGGGUUUUGUGUGCUUUGGAGCUCGGUUCUGCGGGUUUCUAGGUCAAAUGGCUAUAUGCAAACACCGAUGCUGUUAUAUAUGGCUCCAGAUAUCAUGUAUAGUAGGGAACACAUAAGGCCUUGGGUGUUAAUGUCUUCCCUUAAAUAAGGAAAACUGUGGUAGCAAGCAAAUGAUCGCGGUUGCCAUCAAACCCCAAGGCCGUCAUGACCUUAGUGGUAACCUCGUUUGCGAGGAGUGUAUCUCACAACACACAGCCGUACUGCUUGGGAAUCCCUCCGAAGCUCUCCCUGCCGACGCUGAAUCAUGUUGGUGAAACCGACGACUCCACUUUAUGUGAAGGAAGUGUGGACACACCUCAGUCUUUGAGGUAUUGUCAAAAUGGCGGCCUUUCUCUGGUGCUGGUGCUGCUGGCGCUGGUGUAGGCGGUGGUGGUGGUGGUGGUGGUGCUCUUGUGGCCCGUAGUCAAUCUUCUCCAACUGCCGCUGCCCGCUGGUAAAUAAGCGGUAUAGCCCACAAUGGCUUGGAUAAGCAGCUAAUGACUCGGUUGAAGAUGAUUUAAGCAUUGCUUUGAGAGCAGGAAAGCGUGGAGUUUCUUCUAGAAAUCUAUAGAGUAUCUUCCUAGCAUCGGCGUUUUCAUUUGCUCUCUUAGCAUGUCUUUUGAGCCUUCACCGCAGUAUAGAUUUGGCACACGUCUUCGACAGUAGCUGUGUUCUCUGGGCGCUGACCCCGUAACCUUGGUGUUGGUCGCACCAUGCUAAGCUAACAAAUAAACAGUUUAAACCAGAGACUCAGUGGCUCAUAAAGGGGUCUGUUGACUCAGGCAGUGCCCCCCCCCCCCCAUACUCCCCCUCACACACACACACACACACACACACACACUCCCCUGGUCAGUUGGGCUGCAAUAAUUCACCACUCCCACUCAUCAAGCCACAUUCGCUAGCGCUUGGUUACAGAGCUAUUCUGGACGGAAGCGGUGGUAGACGCCAUGCGAACGAUGCGAAUGCGGCAGGGGAGAGAGAUGGGGAGAGGAGAGGAAGCGCGUAGAGGAACGCGACCCGUUCAUCUGACACCUCAAUCAACAAAUCUAAGUUAAAAUGACAAAUGGCAUCUUGGAAAGAGAGUGAGCCAACACUGCCAGCAAAGGACUGGGACUUAGCCAGUGUCCCCCCCCCCCCCCCACUCCCGGUCCCUUUAUUUUUGGUGUGGUCGGUGGGAGGGAGGCGUAUGAUCAAGACACGAGUAAUGUCACAUUUGCCAAAUUCACCUGGUCGAUUGAGAGGAGAGGGGAGGAUCAGAGGAGCGAGACGGUACCUAGUCUCCUGGCCCGAUAUGCUUCAGUCUCACCACUGUUUAUGUAGCAAGUUAUUAGGGAUUAUGGUUUAUGACACAAAUGAUGUUUUAUAUGAGAAGUGGAAAAUUGGAUGAGCAGUUCCCAUGUGAAAAUAGAACUUUAUAUGUCUUUCGCUCCUCAUGUGUUCAUUUGCAAAGAUGAAAGUCUUUUCCUGGCCUGCAGUGGGAAGGAAAGAAUGUUUCAGCCACUCCACUUCACUUACCCAUUUUCUGAAAGAAAAAAAUAAUAAUCAUGCACAAGUCUUCCUGUUAAAAAAAGGACAAAAAUGAUAUCGCCAAUAUCACUGUGUAAUAUUUAUUCACCUUGUAAUUUAUGUACUCUAUCUUUGUCUUUUUUGUAAUGACAAAGCAUUUAUUUAAAUAAAAUUAUGUAUUCGA